UAUUUCAAACAGGAAGCUGUUUACAGAUAACACUUGCAACUGUUUUGUCUGAUUUGUUGAACUGUCGAAAAGCAAAAGACAACCUCUUUUCAAAUUAAAAACUGUCAGACUUCUGUAAACAGCAGCAAUGAGGUUCAUCUGUGCAGUGUCCCUGCAGGCACAGAGCAUUGUGCAGUUCCCAUUCUCUCAGCAGCCAUAAGCACUGAGUAACUGUGGCAAGUCUUGGCUUUGUUUUCAUUGUUCAUUUUCUUAAGUCACCUGGUGGAUGUUGGGAUUUCAGGUCAGUGAACUCUUUGACACCACUGAAGCCUUUUAUUUUACUGGAGUCAGUGACCUGUAAGUGCUCAUUAUGAAGAGAGAUCUGGUUUUCUUGGUGACUCUAAUUAGCCUUGCCUUCCUGUCACUGCUAAGAUCUGGAUAUCCUCAACACAUUGCAGAGGAGUCCUGUUCUGUUCAGAUUCUUGUUCCAGGCCUCAAAGGGGAGACUGGAGAAAAGGGGGAGAAAGGUGCUCCAGGUCGUCCAGGCAGAGUUGGACCUCCAGGAGAAAAAGGAGAAAUGGGGGACAAAGGACAGAAAGGCAGCAUAGGACGGCAUGGAAAAAUUGGUCCUAUUGGUUCAAAAGGUGAAAAAGGAGAUAAUGGUGACAUAGGACCACCAGGUCCUAAUGGUGACCCAGGCAUACCUUGUGAAUGCAGUCAGCUAAGGAAGGCUAUUGGUGAAAUGGAUAUCCAAGUAGCCCAGCUGACAACAGAACUAAAAUUCAUAAAAAAUGCACUGCCCUCCCCCGCAGCUGUCGCCGGCGUGCGUGAGACAGACAAUAAGAUAUAUCUGCUGGUGAAGGAGGAGAAGAGAUACAAAGAAGCCCAGCUGUACUGCCACGGGAGAGGAGGGACGCUGAGCAUGCCCAAGGAUGAGACCGCCAACAACCUGAUUGCCUCGUACAUCAACCAAGCUGGGCUCACCAGAGUCUUCAUUGGGAUUAAUGACCUGGAGAAAGAGGGGAAUUUCGUCUACUCUGACCGGUCGCCCAUGCAGACCUUCAACAAAUGGCGCAGCGGGGAGCCCAACAAUGCUUACGACGAGGAGGACUGUGUGGAGAUGGUAGCGUCUGGAGGCUGGAAUGACGUUGCGUGUCACAUUACCAUGUAUUUUGUGUGUGAAUUUGACAAAGAAAAUGUCUAAGCUGCUCUGCUCUUUCUUUAUUUUAAGAAAAAUGUUUAAGACAAUUGUACAAGUUACUCCAUGUUUAUAGAGUGCAAGCAAAAUUUUGAAAGUAUGCGGCAUCAGAGUUGUACAGCUGUAAAUACAGUUUAGGUAUUUCAAAUAUCAGAAUUUAUCCUUCAGAAGGGAAGACCAAUAAUAAGGCAUAGUUUGGUUGGCUUUUUUUUUUUUUUUUUUUUUUUUUUAAUUUAGGAAAAUAUAUCUAUUUAGAUAAAAAUGUGCUUUGGGGCUAAAUUUUGCCCUUAAAACAGUUAACAAAUGUGAUUACAUGACUGUAAGGGAAGGCAGAAUUUGGCUUCUAGUUGUUAGAAUGGCUAGAAUUUGAUUCCUGAUAUCCUUUUAUCUUAGUAAAAUUAGUAGUUAUAAAUGCUAAUUACUUGUAGUGCUACAGGGAUAUUCUAGCAAUAAGAUAAAUAUUUUUUAUAUUCCAGUUAAUAAGUACAAAUAUUAUUGUAGGUUUUUUGAAUGUUACAACUUUUUAAUUUUUUUUUAAACUGGCCAAAGCAAACCAAAAAGUCAUGAGUCCUACCAAUUUUGUAAUGUUUCUUUAUUAAACUGUUCACAGAUGUAUGACAAAAAGCAUUUAAAUAAACGGAAUUUUAGUGCUGAGGGAGGACAAAGUCUAGUGAAAGGUGUCCCUGCCCAUGGCAAGGGGUUGGAACUAAGUAAUCUUUAUGGUCUCUUCCAACCCAAAUUAUUCCAUGAUUCCAUGAUUCUAUGCUAUGAAAAUUCUUAUAAUUUAGUAUUUGAAAAAGCAUUCCAUCCAGAUGGCGUUUUGGGGUUGGCUAAACGUAAAAGUAACAAUUCAAUUUUCUGCGUUCCUUGGUUGAAAAUACUUCAGCGCUCAAAGUAUUUCAGACCCUAAAUAAUUCCCUAAGACUUUUUUUUUUUAAGAUAAUCUUUGUGCAUCUUGUUACAAAACAAGCAAAAUACCAGCCCUCCACAAUUUAAGGCAGACUUCAUAUAUAUGCAAUUAAGCUCAUGAAAACACAUUAUCUAUCAGUUCAUUUUAGUAAGAAAACAGCUUACAUGUUUACAUGGAUUGUUAAAAUAAUCCCCUGAAAAGCAGAAAAGUUUCCAAAAUUUUCCUGAUUAUGUGUAUAACUGUAAUAAAUAACUUAGCACAAAUAAUUUAUGUACCAAAUUUACAACUGCAUGUGAUGGAAAAUGUGAUGUAGAUUAAAAAAAAAACCAAAAACAAACAAAAAAAAACCCCAACAUAACAAACAAACCUGCAUACUUUCACCAAAGAAAUGAUGAAUUACUUUAAAUCUUCCCAGGAGCCAGUUCCAUGCCGCCCCAUCUCACUGUUAGGCAUAGAAAAUCAACAAAAUUUGCAAAAUCUCUGACUGUAUUUCUUUAGGAAUACCUUGCACUCUGUUUUAAGAUGAUUUUUAAGGGUAAAUGAUCCUUGCAUAACAUUCUGAUUGAAAUGCGUCUUCGAUAAUUAUGGUAGAUUGGCGUAUAGGGUAUCCAUGGUGGAUAUGGCAUGUGUUCCCAGAGAUUUCCCUACAACAAGGAAACCAACUUGUAUCAACUCGGUUGUGCUGUGGCGUGUAAACAAUCAAUGACCAUACAAUGCUGUUCAUAUCCACAGAUGCUGACAUUAUUUGAUUUAUAUACCUAAGAGAACAAACUGUUUUGCUUGCUAUAUUUACUCUGUAAAUCUCAAUCCUUUCUAUAUAUAUAUAUAUGUUUGCUAUUAAUUUUGAAGAUUACUAGCAGUACUGUAGUAUCCUAUAGUAUUUGAUUAUCAGCCCAGCUCAAGAGCAAUCACUCAAAAUGAAUGGGUCCUUUGAUUGCUUUGCUUUCUUUUAAUAAAGAUAGGUAUGAUACCUGUGUGUUAGUCAUUCUUCCAACUGCAUAUUGAAAUCUAUUAAAUAACGUGAAUCUCUUUCUACACUAAUAUUCAAAGACUCUAUAGAAUUUGCAGGGAGCUAACAAUUCCAGUAGAGCAAUUUGUUUAGGGUAGUGCCUUUUGAAUAUCAUGAUUUUUUCCUGCCUGCUAUAGAAAUCCUCAGAAACCGUUUAAA